AUGGUGCCACAUCCAAACAAGCAACAUUAUACGACAACUAACAUUGACUCGCAUACACAUUAUCUUGCCCGUGAUUGGCAAUCAAACGAAUCGAAUGAGUUGUUAUCUUUGAAACCAAGGAAGAGCAGCACACUUUGUUAUUUGAAGUUAUGGAUCUUACUUGUAAAUACGGAUUCGACGCUCCAUUUAUGCGAAAUAAUGUUUGGUGUUCGAGAUCAAAUGCAGUUAAUUCUACUUCUUCGAUUUCCUCAUUUUGUAAAUAAAACAAUCUAUAUUCGAGAAGCUGGUAACAUGCAAUCAAAGCCUUAUUCACCCUCACCCAUGAUAUUUUGUUACUAUCUCGAAUGA